GUACGUCUAUACCUCCAAAUGCAGCGUUUGUUGGCGUCGUCUACAAAAGCUACUGCAUACAAAAUAUGCGAGCCGAAAAUGUGCCCUAACCCUUGUGACGUUUUCAUCAAUCAUCGAGGCAUCGAUACGAAAAGAACGAUAUCGGGACUGUUGUACAACCACUUCACGAGGCUGAAAUUGAAUGCUUUCUUGGACAACAAGAGUAUGAAGCCGGGGGACAGGCUCUUCGGCGAGAUCGACGCAGCCAUACGAGGCUGCGGGGUAGGGAUCGCCGUUUUCUCUCCGCGUUACUGCGAUUCCUACUUCUGUCUCCACGAGCUCGCCUUGCUCAUGGAGUCCAAGAAAAGGGUUAUUCCCAUCUUUUACGACGUCAAACCCUCGCAACUGUCCGUUCAAGAUGACGGAAAACGUCCGGCCAGCGAGAUCGAGAGGUUCCGGUGGGCUCUAGAGGAGGCUAAGUACACCGUCGGACUCACGUUCGAUUCAUCUAAUGGAAAUUGGUCGGAGCUUCUGGAGAUGGCGUCGGAAGCAGUGACGAAGAAUCUGGUGGAAGUGGAGGAGGAGAAGCAGCGUGGCAUGAACCCCACGUACACGCACAUGGCUCGCUACGUCAACCCCAACACUCUUCUCAAAGUCAGGCGCAUUUUCUCCCUUCUUUAAUC